AUGCUGCUGUCAACGUUGGGAGCCUUAGUUCUUUCGGGUUUAGCUGGAUUGGCUACAGCUCAAGAUGAUCAACUGACGACCAUUUCCAAUAGUACUACUUCAACUCCCAUCGCAACCUUAUAUGGUGACAGUUUUAAAAGUGCCGGUGGUAAAGUGCUCAAUGACAAAGUUAAUGUUUUCUAUGGUAACUGGACGUCAUCGCAGGACGAACAAACGACGUUCAUGAACUUUGUCGAUGGUGUAUCUUCAACACAAUGGUUCAACACACUCAAACAAUAUACAGACAGCGACAGCAAUGCAGUGACAGGACCUUUGAACGUAGCAGCUGCCGUAAACGACGCAGGCAGCCGUGGUCUGACGCUGAGCGAUACAAACGCACAUAAGCAAAUCAUCCUCGACGCAGUCAAUUCUGGCUACUUGUCAGCAACAAAUCAAAUUGAUCCCCAUGGUGUCUAUGUCUUGUUUGCCGGUAGCGAUGUUUCUGACAGUGAAUUCUGCACCAAAAACUGUGGCUACAACAGCCACAGCGAUGAAUUCCAGUACAUGUUUAUCGGUUAUCCCGGUACCUGUGCUGACUACUGUAUUCCACCGAUGAUCAAAGAUAAGUCGCCCAACGGAUCUCCGGCUAUCGACGCUGCUGUUACUAUCUUUUCACACGAAAUCCAAGAUGUAUUGACAGACCCUCGUAACGAUGCUUGGAUGAUUCAGCAGAACGGAACAACGAUUGAGUUGGGUGACUUCUGUGCUGGUUCAGAUGUCCCUGAUGGCGAAUGGUACGGCACGGUCAGCCAGGACUCUAACAACAAUGCAACAUACAAUCUGGAAGUCGGUAACCAAAAGUUUUUGGUUCAAACUGUUUUUGAUUUGCAAAACAAAAAGUGUAUUCUUUCUGCUUCAUAA